CCUCUUUCACUUUCAUUUCCCGGAAGGUUCCUACACCAACAGCAACCUCUUUCGACUCUCUUUCAGCAGCGACUGCAUCUGGGAGAAGAUUUCACUUCAUUUCUCUAUACAGCAGAUCCAGAUCACCUCCUACAGCUCCAUCGCUGAGCACUUCUUUAACUAGUUCUGAAAACAAUGCGGUGUGCAGUUUGGUAAACACAAAAUGACCAACAGCUCCACAGCGCCUAAACUCAUCACGGACACAGGUGAUGGUGAACCUGAACUCCAAACCACAAACCCCUCAACCUCCAUGUUUCCUGAAACACCAGAUGAACUCUGCAAACUUCCUGGAAGAUUACGUAUUAAUCCGUCCCUGUGGGAUAAGGACGAUGUUAAUUUGUGGCUGCGGUGGGCUCAGCGGGAAUACGCCCUGCGCCGUGCCGAUCACGAGAAGUUUGAGAUGAACGGCAAAGCACUGUGUCUCCUCACCAAGGAGGAUUUCCGCCUGCGCUGUCCCAGUUCAGGUGACGUCCUGUAUGAGCUCCUACAGCACGUGAAGCAGCAGAGACGCUCUCACACACACGCAGCAAACAGCUCUCUCGGGACUGCAGGUCUCUGCAGCUCAACUAACAGAUCUGUGCCUGUGUGUCCAGUGAAUCCACACUCACGAACCCUAACAACACCGGCUCCAGAAAUGAGAGAAAACUCACAAGAUCAGCACUCCAGCCUUCCACAAGCACACACAGAUACGCCAUGUGUUUCUGAAGAAGGGAAACCACAGCCGUCUCCAGUCGUGGCUGCCCAUCCUCACAUCUUCUGGAGUACAGAAGAACCGCUCAACCUGUCCUACAGAACAAACUCACUCGGGAUCAAAACACCAAACACUGAAGCCAAUGGGAAAAUUGCAGAUUGCAGAUUAUUAUGGGAUUACGUGUACCAACUGCUGUUGGACACCAGAUACGAAGCAUACAUUAGGUGGGAGGAUCGGGACUCCUUGAUCUUCAGAGUGGUGGACCCGAAUGGACUCGCUCGCCUCUGGGGGAACCAUAAAAACCGGACCAACAUGACCUACGAGAAAAUGUCUCGAGCACUGCGGCAUUAUUAUAAACUCAACAUCAUCAAAAAAGAGUCGGGGCAGAGACUCCUUUUCAGAUUUCUGAAAACCCCGGACGAGAUUAUUCAGAGCAGGUCUGAUCGUUCGGACCCCCCCGAGUCUCCUGAUAGCCCCGCCUCUCCUGCUUACAAAGAGGGAACGCUGGAAGUGUCGCCCUCGUCAACCCCAGACCCUUCCAGUCCUGAAUCUCUCCACAUACUCAGUGUGUCCCCACUGCCAUGAUCACUGAAAUACCCCAGUCUUUAUCACAAAAUAUCUCCAUCUCCAACAAAAUAUCUCCAACGGUUCAAUUCCCAAACCACACCUGACGUUUGACGUGUGAAAUGAAAUGAACUGUGAAACUAUACCCUUUGUUCUCUUGGAAGUAUUCAAUUCAUACAUUAUGAUCUUUUGGUUCAGGUUACAUUUUAAUUCUGUUUUCUUUAUUAAUGUAAUUACUGUAAUUAUGAACACUUCUUACAUGGAAUAAUUAUUAAUAAUUAAGGUGCGGAAAUAUUCAAAAUAAUUUAUAUUUGAUUGUACAGUAAAAAAAAAAAGACUCGCAGAAAUAAAAGAUUUUUAAAAUACAUGGAUUAGUAUCAGAUUUUGAGAUAAAAUAAAUAAAUAAAAAAAACAACCAACACUUCCUGUAUUUGCAUACAGCACUAUAUAUUUUAUUAGAUUAUAGCAGCCAGGGUAAGAGACAUUUUCAAAGCAUGGCACUUGUUUGUGACCACUGGAACGAGCGGAUCAGUAAUGUGAUGGAGUCCAGACUACUGAGAAACAAACUAAAUGACACCUGUGGUAUAAACUCGGAAAGGCUUUGAACAUGAACUCUCGUAUUCACUGUUAAGCAUGGGGAAAUAAAAAUGAACUAGUGUUUAUUGUAAACGGGUGGAGGGUAAAAGAGAGUGGGAGGAGAGUAGUCUGAAUUGGGUUCUGGAAAUCAGCUCCAGCUCACACAUUGAACUCUGUUGCCAGCCAUGAGCAUUUCCAAGCCAGUGAUGUCAUAUCCAUCAGGAGAACUACUUUACAGAACUGACUGACUUCUUUUAUGAAGACACACCACUCAAGCCCAAUGUUUCUGUGUACUCACUCACCUGGAUCAGGUGAUGCCCUGCAAGGACAGUGAUUGGCUCCUGUCUCAGACCUUCCCCAAGGUUCUAGAGAGAGUGAAUAACACUCAGCUUGUGACCUCUGCAGUGAGCUUCCUCCUACCCGUGCUGAGAAGUCGCAACAGGAGCUUAAAUCCCAGCACAGAAGAUCUAGCACACUCAGUCAUGGUUAGUUUCACCUUUACCAAAUAAACACUGAGAGAACAUCAAUGACAAAUUUGACAAUUUCAAUAACUCCAGAGCUUUGUGAAGCCCAUAUGAUGGUCACAUAUUUGUUAGUAGUUUGGCAAAUCCAAUAAAAUCUUUCAAAUCUG